AUGGCUGAGCAUUUAGCUCGAAUUAUUGGAACAGAAGAGGACAGAGUUAAUUGUCCUUUUUUUUGGAAAAUAGGUGCUUGUCGUCAUGGUGAUCAAUGUAGUAGAAGUCAUUAUAAACCUAAUUGUGCUCAAACAUUAGUAAUAAGACAUAUGUAUGAUAACCCACCUAUAGCUGUUGCAAUAGCAGAAGGGCAAAUGGUAGAAGAUGAAGUAUUAGAUAAAGCAGCUGACCAUUUUGAAGAAUUUUAUGAAGAAGUAUUUGAUGAAUUAAUGAAAUAUGGAGAGAUUGAAGAUAUGGUUGUUUGUGAUAAUAUAGGUGAUCAUAUUAUUGGUAAUGUGUAUAUUAAAUAUACACAUGAGGAUUAUGCUGAAAAGGCUGUAAAUGAGUUAAAUGGUAGAUUCUAUGCAGGAAAACCAUUACAAAUUGAGUAUACACCAGUUACUGAUUUUAGAGAAGCACGUUGUCGACAAUUUGUAGAAGGUCAAUGUCGAAGAGGCGGUUAUUGUAAUUUUAUGCACAUCAAACAUGUUCCUAGAACUGUUAAAAGAAAAUUAUAUAGGCGAAUGUAUAAAAAAUACCCUGAAUAUAAAAAAAGAAGAGCAAGAAAAGACGAUUCAGAUGAUGAAGGACGUCGUGAAAGUUUUAGAGAAGGAAAAGACAAAUAUAAAAGAGAUAGACGUAGUAGUCAUCAUUAUUCAUCGAAACGAAAAAAUAGAAGCGAUAAUGAAGAUGAUGACAAUGAUGAGGACAGAAGUUAUAAACACGCAAGAAGAGAAAAUAGUGCCGAACGAAGAGAAAAAAUUGAAAGAUGGAAUAGAGAAAGAGAAAUGAAAAAUAUGAACAAAGAAGAUAAUAAGUCAAAUGCAGAUGAAAAAGAAGAAUGA